AUGUUCGAGCUCCCGGACGCGAAGAGAGUCCGGCGCGAAGACCUCAAUUCCUCGUCGGAGGAUGAGGCGCCUCAGCGCGAUGACCAGCAAGAUGCCGAGCUUCUCGCGAAGCUCCACGCUCGCAUGGCGGGGAUGCUUGACCUGAGCAGCGUCGAGCAACAAUUACCGACAACGACAACGACAAAAAAGGUAAAGAAAGCACUGCCGAAACCGGCGGCAUCCAAGGGGGACGAUGACGAUGAGUCGCAACCUGAAGAGAAGGACGACGCAGAGAAGGGCAACGACGAGCCGGAAGAGUUUGAAUUCCGGCUCUUCUCAACGGCACCGGUGACAAAAAUUGCGCUGGUCGACGAGGAUGAGCUCGCUCUCGAGAAGGAGGGGGCCAUGGCUAGGAAGAAGCCACUAUCAUACUACAUCGCUGAGGAGGCGACACCGGCAGCGAAGGAGGGGUUUGCAUUUGCCGCGGUCACAGGCGAGGAUGUCUUGGAGCGUGCGAAGCAGCGGUGGUGGGGCAUGGAGACGCCGUGGCGCGUGACGGAAAUCAAGACAACGCCAAAGAAGGGCACCGAGACGAAAGACGGCGAGAACGAAGAAACGGCAAGGAGGAGACGUCCGGGCAAGAAGAAGCGUAUCGCGCUCAGAAUGAAGGAGCGCGAGAAGAAGAAGAAGGCCGAGGAGGCAGUGAAGGCCAAGACGAACAAGGAGGAGCACCUCAAGGAGAAAAAGAAGAGGCUGAAUCGGCUGAAGAAGUUGAGGCGGCGGGCAAAGGAUAAGGAGGCGAAGCAGGGCGGUGCCGAUGCGGAUGAUGAUGAUUCCGGGUCCGGGUCCGAGAAGGGUGAAGAGUAG